CAAGGAUUUAGGGUUUAGGAUUUAGAGAUUAGGAUUUAGGGUUUAGUGUUUUGUUGACGACGUUAAAAUUUUUUUUUUGUAAUUACUACUAUUUUUUCUUAUUACCUUUUAAUUUAAAAAACAUAAUAUAAUUUGACAAUAUUUUGUUUUAUUUUUUAAAAUAUAUCAAAUAUAAAAUAACACAAUCUUAUUGGUGGGUGAACCUGAUUCAACCUAGGGGUGAACCCAAAAAUAAGUCUUAUAACUAUAGAACAACAAGAAACAUAAAAACCAAAAAUAUAUAUAUACUAAAAAACCAAAGAAUUUUUUUUCUAGAAAUUAUCUCGAGCCUCUCGAAUCUUAGAAUGACACUUAGAUUAUAAAUCUAUUCCAUUAAAACAGAAGUACAAAAUAAUACUUGCCUAAUUUUAACUGAUUUCUUACAUAUUUUCAUUCCUUUUUAGACUAAUUAUAACCACUUCAUUUCUUGUUUUUUUCUAAUUAAUUCAACUUCAUUUAUUACAGAAUUACAAAACAUAAUUAUUAUAUCUUUUACAUUAUUUUUUCACUUUUACAAACUACGUCAUUAAUUGCAUUUACCAUAAUAAUCCACUAUAAUUUAUUUUAUGUAUAUUAACCAUAAUAAGUUCCAAGGUUUGAACGAAGUUACUCUAUUUCGUGACGAGAAUUUGAACCGGGUAACAAAGAUUUUUAUUUUUUUUAUAACAUAAUUAGUUAGACAAGCAUAUUCAGAGUACCUAUCGGUUUUACUGGUAUUCAUUUUUUGGAUUUUAAAAUUGAAACCCGUUAGAAUAUAUAAAAUUUUUGGACGUGGUUAGAAUCAGAUUCUUCCAGGUCCAUGCAGUUUCAUAGGAAACUAAUAUUAGACAAAUAACCCAUAUACUUAAAAAGAUAUAAACAAUUUAUAAUAAAUAAAAAUUAACAUCUGCACAAGCGCGUGGAUAAAGCUAUAGUUUAGAUUUUUUUUUUUUGUCGGAGAUUUAUUUAGAUAUUACAAUUAUGAGAAAGAUUACAAAGACGAUUUGAUUACCGACAAUACUACCUGCCUUAUGAGGAUCUACGUCUAACUGCCUCAUUUGAGCAGUCCUAUGAAGAUCACGCCUGGCCGGAUUUACUUGUACCAUGUUGAGAAACUCUUGUAAGCCUUUCUUCCGUAAUCGCAUAAUUGUUGAAUAAAUCGCUCGUUUCGGGAAUUGAAACCUGGAUUUCCUGUGCAAUCUGCAAGAAAUUGCAUAGUCUGGGAUUUGAACCCCAGACCUGGAUUUGAAAUCUGCAAUUAUAGUUUAGAUUAUAACUAUAAUUUUUGUUUCUAGAACUUAUCUCCAUCCUUCAGUCACAUGGAGACAUUUUUCACAAUUGAUUGGUUCGAGGUUUCCAGUCAUUAUUAAUUACUCAACUACUACCCAUGCACUCGAUUUUAAUACUCGUCUUUGUAUUGUACAUCUCAACUACUUUUAUGUAUUCGAUGAUCUGAACAAAAACAAGGUAAAACCUCGGUGAUUGCCAAAAACUCAUCAACACAAACCAAGAUCUGAGAAAAUGGAGGAAGAACUCACAAGUUUGAUCAAAAUAUGGAUAUCUGCAGUAAUCUCCAUAUCAUAUUGUUACUACAUACCACCUAGAAUCAAAUCUGGUGUUCCACGGUUACGCUCUCUUUGUCCUGUCCUUGCUUUGUUUCUUGUUCUUCCUCUGUGUUUCUCUUCUGUGCAUCUAUCUUUAAUAACAGCCUUUUUUCUCACAUGGCUCGCCAACUUUAAACUCAUCCUCUUCUCCUUUGACAAAGGUCCUCUAAUUCCACUUCCUCCAAGUCUCCCCCGUUUCAUCUGCUUUACUUGCUUUCCAAUCAAAGCUCAGCAAAACUCUAAAUCUCAAAACCACUUGCCCAAACUUGUGUUUGCUAUUAAAGUUGCCAUAUUUGGUGUGUUAUUACAUUUGUAUGGCUACAGAAAGAAUCUGUCUCCUGCUCUGCUACUGGCUCUCUAUUUUGUGCACCUUUACUUAGAAAUUGAGAUUAUUUUAUCAUUCGUCAAAAAUGUUGUUUGUAUCUUUCUUGGCUGUGACCUCGAACCACAGUCCAAUAAACCAUACUUAGCCACAUCUCUACAAGAUUUCUGGGGUCGUCGGUGGAACCUCAUGGUUCCAGCGAUUCUCAGACCAGCCGUUUACGCCCCAAUGCGGCGAGUGUCUGAACGCAGAAUGAGCUCAGAUUGGGCUUUGUUUCCGGGGAUUUUAGCGGCGUUCAUCGUCUCAGGAUUGGUUCAUGAGCUGCUCUUCUUUUAUUUAACACGUGAGAUGCCAACAUGGGAAGUUACAAUGUUCUUCGUGUUACAUGGCGUUUGCACUGCGGUGGAGUUGGCCGUGAAGAAGAAGACGACGGUGAUACAGCGGUGGCAGCUGAGUCCGGUUGUGUCGAGGCUUCUCACUGUCGGGUUCGUGAUUGUGACGGGUGGGUGGUUAUUUACACCUCAGCUUAUAAGGAGCGGCGUGAUAGAGAGAUUCACCAAUGAAGCUUUAUUGGUUGUUGAUUUUAUUAGUCAGAAGUUAUUUAUUUUGUUGGGGAUAUUUAUAACUAGUAUUGUCGUUGAUUUCUAUAAGAAAAAUUUAUUUGAGUUUUUGGGGGCGAGUUUAAUGAAUUAUGGAUGAUGAUAUUAUGUUUAAUUCGAUUUUAAUAAAAACUAGGUGUUUUGCCCG